AUGCGGUAUAGCCGUUUUGACGACGAAGCAUCAAGUCGCGAUAUUGAUAUCGAGUUGAACGAAACAAACACCGGAGUAUUAACAGCAACGCCGAGGUCAAGAACGACAGCAGCAGCAAACUCGAGGAAGACGGGCACAUCAAUAAGGAGUUGGUGGAGUCGUGGUGGAUGUGUUGGUGGUGAAUCAGAACCACUGAUGGGAGAUUCUGUGGCGACACCAAUAAGUGGAUCGACCAGUAGAGACGACGUCAAUCUGCUACCUUUGGGCGACAGUUCAACGUCUUCAAGUCGAUUUCAUCUGAUCGAUUGCAAUAUGUUUAGGUGGGCGAAUUUUUCUUUGAUUGAUUUGUUUGGAAUCUUUUGA